AUGUACCUUGAAGAUAGAACGGUCCGGCUGCAGUUGUGGGACACCGCUGGUCAGGAACGAUUCCGAUCGCUUAUCCCUUCAUACAUCCGUGACUCCAGUGUAGCCGUCGUUGUCUACGACAUCUCGAACGCGAAAUCAUUCCAGAACACGCGUAAAUGGGUGGACGAUGUUCGAGGGGAACGGGGCAACGAUGUGAUAAUCGUCCUCGUGGGCAAUAAGACGGAUUUGAACGACAAGCGAGAGGUCACAACGGCACAGGGUGAGGAGGAGGCCAAGAGAAAUGGCCUGAUGUUCAUUGAAACCAGUGCGAAAGUUGGGCACAAUGUGAAACAGCUGUUUAGGCGGAUAGCGCAAGCACUCCCAGGCAUGGAGGGUGAGGCCAACAAAGGGGAGAGUCAAAGUCAACUAACUUCCGAUUCUCAUCUGAAUAGUGAUCGAUGUCAAUAUCACUCCUAG